AUGGGGAUCAAACUUUGGGUGCUGUCCGACUCCACUUCUGGGUACACUCAUCACAUUAACGUAUACAAAGGCAGGAGAAAUGAGCGACGCAAUCCAAACGGACAAGGUUAUCAGGCAGUAAUGGACUUGAUGGAACCCCAUUUCUACAAAGAGCAUCAUGUCACUUUCGACAGUUUUUUCACCAGCCCCAGACUGGUAUACGAUCUCUUGGACAAGGACACCCAUAGUACAGGAACAGUUAUCAAGUCUCGAAAGGAUAUGCCUUCCAGUUUUAAGAACCCAGCAAUGCAGAGAGGAGAUGUGAAUGUUAAGACACGUGCUGGAGUGAUGGCUGUACAGUGGGCGGACAGGAGAGUUGUAUCUUUGUUGACCACUACUGGUUCUGCAAGGCAAAUACAAACAACAAAUGGAAAGGGUCGCGAAGUUUCUAUUCCUGCCAUAAUAGAUACCUACAAUCUUACGAUGGGAGGGGUCGAUCUCGGAGAUCAACUAAUUCUCCAAUUUGAGCCACAGUUCAAGAGUUUAAAGAUGUGGAGAAAACUCCUAUUUCACUCUCUUGUAACCGCAGCAGUAAAUGCCUAUAUUUGCUACCGAGAUUCCUUCAUUGUACAACACAAAAUGGAUCAUCUGAAGUUUCACCAGCAGCUUUGCCAAGAACUUAUUGGAGGGUUUCGACAGGGUAGUAGGAACAGACAGCUGCGUUUAAUACCAGUCCAACACAGAACCUUGGCAAGAUUGUCCGAGAGGCACUUUCCGUCCAAAAUACCAGAUGGUAAGCGUAAGAGAUGUGCCGUUUGUGCGGGACAUGGAGGCGAAUUCAGGAAGACAAGAAUUCAGUGGUGGUGUGAGGACUGCAGGGUCGGACUCUGUGUAGAGGGAUGCUUUAGGAAAUUUCACACGAGGAUCAAUUUUGAGGCGUCAUUACUGGUUGGACAGGUCACUACUGGUGGACAGGUCACUACUGGUGGGACAGGUCACUACUGGUGGGACAGGUCACUACUGGUGGGACAGGUCUCUACUGGUGGGACAGGUGAGUCCUGGGGGGACAGGGCUCUCCUGGUGGGACAGGUCACUACUGGUGGGACAGGUCUCUACUGGUGGGACAGGUCACUACUGGUGGGACAGGUCACAACUGGUGGGACAGGUCUCUACUGGUGGGACAGGUCACUACUGGUGGGACAGGUCACUACUGGUGGGACAGGUCACUACUGGUGGGACAGGUCACUACUGGUGGGACAGGUCACUACUGGUGGGACAGGUCUCUACUGGGGGGACAGGUCACUACUGGUGGGACAGGUCACUACUGGUGGGACAGGUCACUACUGGUGGGAAGGUCACACUGGUGGGACAGGUCACUACUGGUGGACAGGUCUCUACUGGUGGGACAGGUCACUACUGGUGGGACAGGUCACCACUGGAGUGACAGUUCACUUCUGGUGGGACAGGUCUGUACUGGUGGGACAGGUCACUACUGGUGGGACAGGUCACUACUGGUGGGACAGGUCACUACUGGUGGGACAGGUCUCUACUGGUGGGACAGGUCACUACUGGUGGGACAGGUCACUACUGGUGGGACAGGUCACUACUGGUGGGACAGGUCACUACUGGUGGGACAGGACACUACCGGUGGGACAGGUCACUACUGGUGGGGCAGGUCACUACUGGUGGGACAGGUCUCUACUGGUGGGACAGGUCACUACUGGUGGGGCAGGUCACUACUGGUGGGACAGGACACUACCGGUGGGACAGGUCACUACUGGUUGGACUGGUCACUACUGGUGGGACAGAGCAAUACUCGUGGUAUAA